UGAUCCGCCUCCAACCGUCUGACCUGGUCUCGUGGCUCUCGACCCCUAGACGUCUAGCCUUCGCACGAAUGAUCACGAAUGUUGCAGUUGGCACUUUCGCGACAUCUUCGACACUUCACAGCCUUCACCGUUCUGAUCCUAGGAUGUGCCCAAACUCAGUCGCAAGAGAUCUCGGCCUGCUUCCCAAGUGUCGCCGUUCCAAAGUCAGAUCGCAAAUUCCUGACCGGCCCACGGGGCCCUUAUCCCAUCGGAGUUUGGGUGUGUGACUGGCCGGCGGCCUAUGUGACUUCAGAAGUGGUUCACAUUUUGCUGGAAGAAAUUCUGGGAUUCCACGUGGUGCAGACAGGACCGGGGCCCAACACCGUUGAUGCUUUUUAUGCACUUGCCGGCUGUGCAAAUCCGCUGAACAUUCAGGACCGCGGCUGUUCCGCUACACCGGUGGCUACUACAAACCACAUCAAUGUAGAGGGCUGGACUGAGUCAUAUGCCCGCACAUGGGCACAGAUUGAGCGCGACUAUCCGCAGAAUGCGCCGAGAAACCUGGGCAAUAUGGGCUACUUUGGGAAGACUUCCAUGUUCUUGCCCAAGAGUAUCCAACUGGCUGCCUACAACAAAGAAGGUUUGAUUUUGGAGUUCUACCGUGGCUUCAACGUCUCCUGGACCGAGGCGGACAAGUAUUUUGACCCACCCAGCAGCAUCAACAAAGACUGGUUGAAACCAUGUGUGGAGACCAGGCUGAUGAUUACCAAGGCCAUGGAAGAGUACGUGACUAUCACGGAUGACUGGGAGGGAGUGGAGAUCGUGACCAAUGAGAAUGGCAAGAGCGUAAGCAGGGGCAAAUGUUGGGAUGAUUACUUCUGGUAUGCACCUGCCUGCCGAGACAAGCCUUCCAAGUGUGUGAUUUUCUUCACCGGUGGAAGCGGUUGGAACUUGGAGGAAACCAUGCAGAAGGCCACCGCUUGGAACAUGCCCCUGGCACCGGCGGUGGCAAAGACCUGGGGCAACUUCACGCAGCUCCCACUGCAGAUCGAUAGCACCUUCUACUGGUGGGUCCCAGAUCCCACCUUCCUCUCGUUGGAUGCGGUGGAGAUCACCUUUCCACCCUUCGAUCGCACCGCCUUUCGACGGGGAGAUAUGCGCACCGCACCCACUGCUCUAUCGAUAGACAAGUACGUGAGCCAGGACCUUCAAACUUUGGCCCCGGAAGCGCAUCAGUUGGUUCGGGACAUGGUCAUGGACUUGGAAACAGUGAAUGAUAUGCUUCGAGAUCAGAAAAAAACAGGUGACAGCAGUCGGGCUGUGGCAUGUCGCUGGCUUCAAGGGCACGAGGAUGUGUGGAAACCUUGGCUGCCCGAUCCCACCAAGUGCUUUAGCGGCUUUGGUCUCUAUCAUCCACCCAGCAACAGCUUCGUGAAGGACCGGCGAAAUCCCGUCAGUUUGGCUUGCAGUCCUUGCCCAUCAGGCACAUUCUCCUCCAAAUUGGUUGACGGCGCAGGGAUUACCUUUGUAUGCGAGCCCUGCCCAGCAGGCUCUAUACAAGCUUCAGGCGCGUCGGUUGAGUGCAUACCUUGCAAGGCAGGAGAGUACCAAGAUGAGAACGGCAGCAUUUCGUGCAAACGCUGUGGAAUGGGCGAAUACCAAGAUCAGACAGGUGCAACGGGAUGCAAGCCGUGUCCAACUGCGACGUCCACACAUGGACUUGGAUCAUUAUUUCUGGGAGAUUGUGGAUGCAAGCAAGGCAGCAUCAAUGUGGCGAAUGCAACGGUGGGCGUGGUGACGUGCGUUGCAUGUCCUGAGGGACUACGAUGUCCCUUGGGUUCCAGCCUGGAGUCUUUGAAGAUGGGCGACAAAAAUUUUGGGGAGGCCUUCACGCCCAGGAUUCUGGAGGGAUAUUUCAGCACCGAGGAACAGCCCCUUGAAGUCUUCAAAUGCCAGACUUUGGAGCACUGUCCUGGUGGAGUUCCUGGGAGGUGUCCUGGACGUCGUGAAGGGAUUCCGUGCUCGGAGUGCCCUUCGGGGACGUCAUGGACCGGCAAGGAGUGCCGGCAGUGCUCGGGUGGCCUUGUGGUGGUUCCGAUACUGGCUGGCAGCGUCUUCUUUCUCGGCUUGAUUGCUGCUUACUAUGCAAUACCUCCAUGCAUCACAGCAAAGGCAACACAAGGGGAAACCCUAUCAAUGUGUGCUGGGGUCGCUGCAGGAUUGGUUCAAUGCCUGGCCAUCAUCGGUCUGACGUCAGUUAGGUGGCCUAAGGCCUUCGAAUCCAUUGCUAAAAGUUCUUCUGUGGUCUUGUUGGACAUGGAGAUAUUUUCGAUUGCAUGUAUGGUGGGUGGGACAAAUUGGGGACGCUACAUCAUGAGCCUGGCAGUAUUUCCUCUGGGGCCUCUGUGGCUGCUGGUUUGCUUCACAUCUUCCAGGUGCUUCAAAAACUGCAUGUGUCCUGCACCCUGGACUUGGACUCGAUUGUUGAACACCAUGGGACACUUUCUGCAGGUGGGCUUUAGUGCUAUGAGCGCUUUAUCCUUGCAGCCACUGAUGUGUUAUCAGCAUCCCAACGGCCAACAUAGCUUGUUGAAACAUGCCGGCGUGUUCUGCAACACUGGGGAACACCUGGUGAUGUUGCUGAGCGGCAUCGGAUUACUGACCUUCAUGGUGGUUACCUUCGUCGGCGUUUGUGCGUGGGGGGCAUGGCAUAUCCCGCGUUGGAGCCUCACGCAUUCCGACCGGAUUUGGGCUUUUGCCUUCCUCAUCAGCCGCUUCCGCAUGGACCGCUGGUGGUAUGGCGUGCCGGUCUUGUUGCGGUUCCCCUUGCUGUCCCUUUGCCCCGCUCUCGCCACUGACUUCCCCCCCGCACAAGCCGCGAUGGUUGUGACGGUGCUGAUGGCAGGCCUGCUGCUGCACAUUUGCUUCUUGCCGUGGAAGGUGCCUGUGGUGAACUUGGUGGAUGGCUGCCUGCAGGCCAUGCUGCUGCUUCUGGUGGCCAUCACACCAGACAUAGAAUUUACCCAUGCCAUUGAAGAUUUUCAUCAAGGAAUUGCUUUGGUGAUCUUGUCGUGCAUGCUCUUUCUCUUCACCUCCUUGACAUUCUUGGUGGCUUUGGUAAAACUCUACCAAGUCGUCGAGCGAGCCACUGGCCGGGCUGUCGCAUCGACACAGGAUUUCACCAUCUUGAACUUGCGCCGUCGGCAGAGCAGCGUGGAGAUUGCUGAGCUCAUCAAGAAGGUGUCUGAGAGACUUCUUGACCUUGAAGCUGCCAGUGCAAAGGAAGUGCUGGACCAAAUGCAUCCCGGUGAUGUCUCCCGGAUCAUCGACACCAUCCAACUGCUUCGCACGGAACUCUUGUCCCAGCGCAGCGAUGAUGUCCGGACAACAUCGAAUAGAAGCAGUACUAGCAGGGUCUCAUCCUGCAAGAGAAGGAGUGUUCUCGUGCCAUACAACGCACCGUCACCGAGUGAUGAGGAUCCAAAAAAUACGGCAAAGGGUGAAGGUGUUCCUCGCUCAGCCGGGGUUUUUGCCUGUGCAAUGCGCCUGCUGCGUCGCCCGCAGCGCGUGCAGCCUGCUGGGCUGGGAGGCGGCGCUGAGAUGACGUGGCUCAAUGUGCCGGGCGUGGCAGGUUCGCACGAAUGUGAGUCUCCAAGCUGUGAUGAGACUUUGGAGAAAGCGUUGAAAGUGGAGAAAGAGGAGAAAGAGGAGAAAGCGGAGAAAGAGGAGAAGGAUGAGAAGGAGGAGAACGCCGAGAAAGUAGAGAAAGAGAAGAAAGAGGAGAUCGUUGAUGACCCAACGCGCGGGGAGUCCGUGACCAAUGCGGUGCUCAUGGAUUCACAGCUCGAUGCCCUGACUGCAAAUAACAGUCCAACUCUUCUAGAGUAGGCCACUUGGCGACUGGCCAGCCGGGCCCGCUGUGGAGCCGGCUUUUUCUGCGCAGGUAACUGUUCUCAACAGACCCGUGCAUUGAAAAAUUGAUAAUGUGCUGUCUGGGAUUCUGCAUUAACUUAGCUGAUUGGAGCGUAACCUUAGCCUGGAACCCC